AUGAAAUCCUUCAUAUUGCUCUUACUGUACUAUACAGCACUCAUAUUACCCAUAUCGUCUGCCAAGUGGUUCCACUUCAAUAGAAACAAUCAGCUUGCAGCGAGUACGGGGACAGGCAUAGUGUCACACAACAAAAACAUUGAGAUAGAGAGUGUGGCCAAUGGUAACUCACAACAGGAGGCCACUACAGGUACAUUGCAAGAUACUACCUCGACUCCUGUACUCGACACCGACACUGCAUUACCAACCUCUAAGGAACAACCACAGAACCAAAAUUCAGAUACACAUACAACAGCGGAGAUACCGACGUCCAAGACAGAGAAUCAAGACCCAACUGACGCAAAUGGACCCGCACAAACUUCCGUCACACAACAGACGUCUCCUACAGAUAUCAAUAUUCAAUCAAACACCGCUCAUGGUCAAACAACUCAAACUGUCGAAUCAUUGUGGCCGGCCCAUAGUGAUACAACAACAAUCAACACAGAUACCCGUGAACACACAUCGACAAAUGUUGUGCCUACUGACCCAGCCGUGCAAUUGCAUACAACAGAGGCUACAAGUAUGACCGUACCUACCACAACAGCGGAACCCGCGUCGACGACUCCACAGGAAACCACGCCGAUGACAACAGCAGAGACAACAACUACACCGGAAACUACGCCUACAACUACUCCAAAAACCGCGUCGACGACUCCACAGGAAACCACACCUACGACUACACCGGAAACCACGACUACAUUUACUCCAGAAACUACGCCUACAACUACACCGACGACAACUGCGCCGAUAACGGUGUCGACAACUACACCUGCACUGGAAAGCAUGCCCACAACCACAUCGGAAAUCAUGGCUACGACUACGCCGGAAACUACGCCCACAGCUACGCCAAAAACCACGCCGACGGCAACAGCGGAAACCACACCUACGACUACACCGGAAACCACGACUACAUUUACUCCAGAAACUACGCCUAGAACUACUCCAAAAAUCACGCCGGAGACAACAGCGGAAACCGCGUCGACGACUCCACAGGAAAUCACGCCGACGACAACAGCAGAGACAACAACUACACCGGAAACUACGCCUACAACUACUCCAAAAAUCACGCCGACGACAACAGCGGAGACAACAACUACUCCAAAAACCACGGAUACAACUACGCCGGAAACCACGCCCACAGCUACACCGACGACAACUGCGCCGAUGACGGUGUCGACAACUACACCUGCACUGGAAAGCACGCCCACAACCACACCAGAAAGCACACUUACGACUACACCGGAAACCACGACUACAUUUACUCCAGAAACUACGCCUACAACUACACCGACGACAACUGCACCGAUGACGGUGUCGACAACUACACCUGCACUGGAAAGCACGCCCACAACCACACCAGAAAGCACACCCACAACCACACCGGAAAUCACGGCUACAACUACACCAGAAACCACGCCUACAGCUGCACCGACGACCACGCUGACAGCUACACCAGAAACCACACCAAAAAUUACGCGUACAACUACGCCGACGGCUACAGCAGAAACGAUGCCUUCAACUACAGCGGAAACUACGCCGAUGACGGUGUCUACAACCAUUCCAACGAAUACUCCAACGACUACACCUACAACUACCGUGCUUUCUAUCACACCACCAGCAACGUCACAAGCAACUACACAGUAUACAGAUGCCAGCCAAGUUCCAGACACAUUCGCUGUAACUGGCUCAACUACCCGUUCAACUCUUUUACCAGCUAGUACACCAAGAGAUCCAGAUGAAACCACUGACGAUAUAAAUCCGAUAUUUUCAUCUACGGAGGUUUUGCCUACUCUUAUUGCUUCAAAUGAUGAAGAAGUGCGCACUACCACUUCUCCCACCUAUCCAAUAACUACAAACACCAUCAUUACUACAACAAGCAGAAUUGCUGAAAACUCUGCUGGUCAAUUAGUAUCAGAUAUCGAUACAGAGUCGUAUUCAACACUUGAAUCUAUUGCAGAGCAACUAACAGAUUGGGUAGAACCGACUGUUCAAUCAACUACACAAAGCGUCUUGAAUACUCAAACCAAAACUGGACAGGCCGUUGAAGAAAGUACUACAGAGACGCAAACAUAUGAUUCACAACAUGUUAACGAGGGCGUAUCCUUUGGAGCAACAACAAGAACAUAUGAUGAAGAUUUCAAACUUUCUGUAACAUCCACUGCUACAACUAACACACCUAUGUCAAAUGGAGAUGCACUAGACAAGGAGAACCAAAGCUCAGAAACGUAUGAAUCUGUAAGUGAACCGAACAGUGAAAGUGUUAGAUUGAAUGGGAAUGCAGCGAGUACUCUAGCACAUAUCAUGACCGAUUCAACUGCUACCAGUGCACCAGCAGCUGAAGCAAAACCUACAAGUACAUCAACACGUAUUAGUGGAGUAGUCUCUUCUAAAACUGAUCGUGUGACACCAACAAUCUCGCGUACUCUUGUAUCAGGUUCGAAAGGUAUCUCGAAUGUGGUUCCCCAAGCUACACUGCAACAAAGUUCUGUGUCGGUUACAGAUACCAUGGUCAGUUCAAUAACGGGGAGUGUUGGUGUAGUCCAGACACCAAAUCCGCUGGGUGGAUCGUCAAUUCUCAACCCUGCAAGCCCAACAUCUGGUAGCGACAGUACGGAUACGGUGUGGCUACCCACAAAUAUCAUAAUUGCAAGUAAUGCAGAUAGUACACACACAGCAAGGGCCGAGUCAACUGCUUCCUUACCGGCUGCAAUUGCUCCUGCUGAGGAGUUACAAAGUCCUCCAGAUUUUGAACUUAUCACGAUUGGGUUUCUUUCUGGAUUGAACUAUGCGUUUCUGGUAGGCAAUCCACUAUCGUCGGCACAGGUGUUCGACUUCUUACCGCACGUUCUUUUCUUUCCAAUAGAGGAUGCUGCUGAAAAAUCCAAAGCCAUCCAACCGCAGUCCUCUGACAUAACAACAACGCUUGUUGCGCCGUUAAGAAAAAACCGUAAAACUGUGACAGAUAUGACCAGAGCAAAUGUGGUGAAUCAAAAUGAGGCAACAUCAUCUAGUCUUAAUUUAGCGGUAUCCUCGGAAGCUACUGGGAGUAACGAUGUGGAAUUAAUCUUCAAGAACAUUCGUGUGAAGCAAAUUAUCCCGUUAGUGAUUGAGGGGAACGACUACAUUACUUCUGUUGCUGAAGUGUACUUUCCAACAAUUUACAUCGACAGCUUGAGCGCGCUAAUUAGUGACCCAAAUUCCACGCUAUACUCUAAUCCAAAGAAAAAUUUUGCAACGUUGGCGUCUCUAAUUGAUAAAGCAAUCCCGCUAACUAGUCUCCGCAAAAAUGAUGGCCAAAGUAAUACAUCGACUGACUCCAGUAGCGAUGUCAACUCAAACGAAUCAACUGGUGAUGACGCGUUUCAAAAUGCAGAAGAGUAUCUUCGUGUAAGCGGUGCAAUGGACUUGUCUAAUAUUAAGGUGAGCAAAGUCAAUCAUACCAUCAGGAAUAGAAUAAUUGUAUUUCUGUUUACUUUGACUACUGGUGUAUUUUUAUGGAUAAGCACGUUUUUGAUUAUCUUUAGGAUCACGAAUAAAUCAAGAAAGCUGAAAGAUUCAAACCUGAAAAAAGGUUCUCUCCCGUUAUACCAACAAAAUCCGUACCGCGAAAAUAAACAGUUCUCUGCUGAAUCAUCUGAAAGUUAUAUCGAUAUCCAUUACACCACAGAGAAAUAUAGUGACUAUUCUGCAUCGUCACCUCCAAUUGGCGAAAACAUCAUUGUCGAUAGCGCACAAGGAAUACAAUACAAAGUCGAUAACGAGGGGAACUACUACUAUAAUGGUAAUCAUCUAGCAGAGGGCAUGCCAGAGGAAGAUGAAGAGUCUGCCAGAUAUAAACAGGAAAACCAAUCAACAGAGCUUCAAUCUGACAGUAUCGACCAUUUUUAUGGUUCCCAUCCUCAACAAAGUAAUACUGAUGAAAAGAGCGAAUCUGGAAGAAGGAUUAAUAGGCCUCACUCACCAUAUCUGAGUGGUGCUGUCAAAGACCCUCCGUUUACAUUCAACCGUCCAUCCAACGACCGUAACGUGACAUAUUCUGAUUCCCUAGGAUUGAAAUAUAACGCAGACGCAACAAGCAUGGACUUCUUCCCUGGAGAAGGAUCCCAAAUGAUUGGUAUUAACCCAAAUUUAUUCCGAAGUGAAACCGGUUCCGAAGUAAAGGGCUUCAACCUUCAUAGCACCAAGGAUAAUUCGUUGUCGCAUAUAUCCACUAUAAUGUCAAGCAAGCAAGCAAACUCUCAAAACUCUUCUGCCUUUGGUACAAGUACGUUACUUUUGAAACACACGCUUAACAACCUAAGUUAUUUACCAAUGAAUGAAUUAUCGUUUGACCUCGAUGAUAUGGUUGGUGAAGUGAACGUCGAUGAUACAGAUGACGAUACAGUUGACGAUUAUCGUGUGGGUGAUAUCGACGAGUUAGACGUGGAGUUAUAUAAGCGCCUUUCGAAAAUCGAAAAAUUCAAAAACGCCGGGAAGAGUCCAGCAGUUGAGGACAGGAAAAAGUUCAUCAAAAUGCAUCUCGAAAGUAAAUAUUCCAAAACAGCUAGAUCUUAA